UUUGUCAAAGCCAACACCUUUCACUUUACUCUUUGUCAACCCCAUUUUCUCUAAACUAUUUAACCACCAAUCUCCCCCUCACGCUCACAUUCAUCCUCUCCCUCUCUCUCUCAAGAAAUGGAUGUUUCUAGAAAGAGAAAGAUAUCCGAAAUGUGUGAAGGAGACGAGUCUCCAAGAUUUCCACUCAACGACCUCAACCAAGACCUCCUCGAAAGAGUCCUCUCAUGGCUGCCCACCUCCUCCUUUCUCCGCCUCACCUCCGUCUGCAAGCGAUGGAAGUCCGUCGCCAACUCCGCCGCCUUCAUGCUCGCCUGCUCCCAAGUCCCGGCCCGCCGCCCUUGGUUCUUCAUGGUCGACUCCCACUCCAGUCAACAACCAGUCGUCUUCGACUCCGCCGACGGAAACUGGAAGAAUCUCAACACUCCGCCGCCGUGCCCGGACUCGGCCCCCGUCACCCCCGUCGCCGCCGCAGGCGGCCUCCUCUGCUUCCUCCGCCCCGACGGCGGCUUCGUCGUGACCAACCCCGUCACCGGCUCCUGCCGCCGCCUCGCGCCGCCGUCGCCCCCCUCGCAGCAGCCGAUGCAAGCCAUCGCGAUGGCGUCGAAGAGGGAAGGCUUCAAGCUCGUUUUAGUCUCCGGCGAGCUCCCCACCCUCAAAUUCAGGGAAUACUGCUCAAUCACGCGGCAAUGGGGGGAAGAAAUCUCACUCGCGAGAAGCGCCGCCGCGGAGGCGGCGGCGGAGGAAUGCUCGCCGUAUUUCCUGAGCAAAUGCGGCAACGUGGUGUCGACGCACAUUCAGAGGAGCCCGUCGAAGCAGUACUCGUCGAUACUCAUCGAGGGAGACAGCAGCGGCGAGAUGCUGUAUUUCCUGAGCUCCGGCGGCACGGUGGUGGCCUGCGAUCUGUCGCGGCGGAGCUUCUCGGAGUACCCGCGGCUGCUGCCGGUGUUCUCGGAAUACUCGAUCGAUCUGGUGGAGUGCGGGGGGAGGAUGUGCGUGGUUUUGCUGUCGGAAUUUCUGGAGACGGCCAGCCUGCGGGUGUGGGGAUGGGAUGAAGGGCGGCGGAGCUGGACGCAGACGGCGGCGAUGCCGCCGUGGAUGUCGCACAAGCUGUACGGGAAGAAGGCGGACGUGAACUGCACGGGGGGAGGCGGGAAGAUGUUGGUGUGUGUGAAUUCUGGGGAGAUUUGUAGGUAUGUGAUGUGUGAUUUGGGGGAGAAUGAGUGGGCGGAGCUGCCGCAAUGCUCCGUCGACGGCCGCCGGAGAGAGUUUGUUUCGGCUCUCUCUUUUGAGCCCAGGAUUGAAGUCGAUUCCAUUUUGUAGCGGAUUUAUUAUUAUUUUUUGGGUAGUUUUAAUUUCGUGCUGUUUUUUUAGUUCAUUAAUUGAUGUGCUAAAACGAAUAGGGAAUUAUUUGAUUUGAGCAAAUUAUUUACAUGGGAGUUGAACGUAA